AUGCUGGGACACUGGGCCAUCCUGCUGUCACCAGCAUGGACUUCUGCGUCUGUAAUGCCUAGAUUGCAUCUCAACCUGACAGUCGAGGGAAGAGAUACGCCGCUAUAUUGGGACCCGCAGACAGAAGACGUAGCUAUGGCAGUCCGAGAAUUUAAGGACAACUACGGCAUGGGCGACCCCACAGGUGUCGACGCGGAGUUCGAGUUUGAGACUGAGAUCCGGUUGCGACUGCUGAGGGCAAUGGUGGCGUCGCAUGAAGAAGCUUGGGGAUCGGCCCGUCCGCUACCCUUGCAGGGUGGCUCUCCGCUCAAGCCCGCGCCCGUCGCCGACAGGGGGGCCACGCUCGCACUGUACGGGAACCACGACGCCAACAUCGCGGUGAGCGUGAACGGCCGGGUGCAGUCAUUCUGGAGCUGGAGCGCCUCUUUGGGGUGCGGUACUUCAUGCCCCCGCGCGACGACCGCGCGGCCCGCGCGGCGUGGCUGGAGGCGCUGCGCGCCGCGCGGGACCGCUGCCCGUGCGAGGGCGGCCCCUGCCCGCGGCGCUUCGAACACGGCGUGGUCGUCAUUUGCCUCCUAUCCCAUGCCGGCGGAGCUGCCAAACAUAGUGGAGGAGGUGUUCGCAGUGGAGCAGUGGCAGUACGUCGACCACGCGGAGGCGCACGCCUUGCUGGCGUUCCAUGCCUCGCCCUUGCGGACGGCCCUUGUCGUCGUCAGCGACGCGGAUUUCCAUAUCUUCUACGCGUCGCUCGGAGGCAUACGGCGCCUUGGGAGGCUGGACUACAGCCUGGGCGUGAUGUACAUGGUCCUGGCUGGGCUGCUGCCAGAGGUUACUGGCAAGAGCAACGAGAAGAUCUGCAAGUGGCCCGGCACUGGCAACCUCUUCGAGGAUAGCUGGAAGACCUCCGAGGGGGACCGGGACCUGUCUUCUCUGGGAUGGGCGGGGAAACUCAUGGGAUACGCCGCCACAGGGUCGCCGGACGAGGCCAUAGGCUCUGUCGUGCGGGAGGCCUAUGAGGCCUCUGGUGCGAUGCCCAAAUACGCCCCUGAGCACAUCUUCAGCUACGGCCAGGGCAAGACGCGCCUGCCACACCGCUUCUCGGAGUGUCUCCAGACGAUCUGCGCCUCCGUGGAGGGCCAGCAGGCGCUGGCGGCGUCCGUGCAGGCCGAGUUCGAGAAGAUCACGCAGCAGACCGUCCUGCAGCUCGUGGAGCACGUGGGCGUCGAGAACCUGGAUGGCGUCGUGCUCACGGGCGGCUGCGCCCUGAACGUGCUCGCCAACCAGAAGAUUCGCGACGCUCUGCUGUUCUCGAGGAGCACAGCGUGA